UGUCUUUAUGCUUGUCUCUUUCAUCCUCUGCAGAGCUGUAGGGAAAACCUGCUUGCUGAUCAGCUACACCACAAAUGCCUUUCCUGGAGAAUACAUCCCCACUGUGUUUGAUAACUAUUCUGCCAAUGUCAUGGUAGAUGGAAAGCCAGUGAACCUAGGCCUCUGGGAUACAGCAGGGCAAGAGGACUAUGACCGACUGAGGCCUCUUUCUUACCCACAAACGGAUGUUUUCUUGAUCUGCUUCUCCCUUGUGAGUCCAGCUUCCUUUGAGAAUGUCAGAGCAAAGUGGUAUCCUGAGGUCCGACACCAUUGUCCAAAUACACCUAUUAUUCUGGUGGGCACCAAGCUGGACUUGAGGGAUGAUAAGGACACCAUUGAAAGGCUACGUGAUAAGAAACUGGCCCCUAUCACCUACCCCCAAGGUUUGGCCAUGGCUCGUGAGAUUGGGUCGGUAAAGUACCUUGAGUGCUCUGCCCUGACGCAGCGGGGUUUGAAGACGGUGUUUGAUGAAGCUAUCCGAGCUGUGCUCUGCCCACCACCUGUGAAGAAGCCUGGCAAAAAGUGCACCGUGUUCUGAGGGCUGUGGCCUGGGUGCUGGCUCAGCAUGUUGUUGUCCUCCUACAGAUUGCAUAUUAACUGAGUGUUUCUGGAGGGGGCUGGGAUGUAUAGGGCCCUUCAUCAUGUACGAAGUCAGUGUUUUUUAAAUGUCUCUUUGAUUUGACGUCAGUGUUGAUGUGAAGGGGCAGUGGGGGCAGGAGACUAGCUGGGGGGAUUUGAAGCCCCCAGGGGAGGUACAGUGGGGAAGGCAAGGUGGCUCCUUGGGGCAAUAGGCUAUUGUGGCUCUCCCGAACUCCAAGCUGAAAGAGCUGAGACAUCCACCCUGUGCUGGAAACAGCUGCUUUAUACCGGCAGGAUGAAGCAGGUGAUGAAGAUCGUUGUGGGAGCGGGGAAGGAGCCGAUAUAAAAGGUGUUGAGUGACAAGAGCAGUUAUAGUAGUAGGGGCUCCAUACCCAGCCUGGUGUGGCUAACAAAUCAGUGCUCUAGCAGACAUGUGCCUGAGACUGUUACAGGAUCAAAACCAGCUUUUGAAAGGGUCAAAAAUGAAUGAGAUGCAAAGAUAAAGUACUAAUCAUUCAGUGC